AUGAAAACACCCAAACACACGGAGAAUGAGGAUUUUGGAUCGAAGCUGCAGCAAGCGGCGAAUGCGGUCUUCACAGGCGAUCAGAAAUCGAGAUACUCGAAAGUCGAAGUCAUCCUGUUAUCGUGGGAAGACGAAGAUCCAAAACUCCCAGUGUCGCUAGAGAUAAUGGACCUAGCUGCUGUCUUCAUAGAUAUUUACCAUUACGAAGUGCAGGAAUGGCAAAUACCGUCAGAGGACAGCCACAAUCAGCUCCAAUCCAGAAUACUCACUUUCCUUGGCAAGAGCGAUCCACAGCAUCUGAAGAUUGUCUACUAUGCAGGUCAUGGCAGACUGACGAACCAUGGUACCCCUGCCUGGACGAGUCUUCGAAAUAGCAAGAAGGAACGGUGUCCGACCGUUAAGUGGUCUGGCAUUCAGAACACCCUCGAAGAGUCAAGAUCAGAUGUAUUGAUUCUUCUGGACUGCUGUGCUUCAGGAGUCUGUACUACCGACGAAGGUAAUGGAGUUACUGAGCUUAUUGCGGCUUGUGCCUAUAAUGCUACUGCCAACGGGGUUGGACCUUUCUCUUUCACACACGCACUCAUCGCCAAACUUCGACUGAUGGCACAGCUUCCUUAUUUCAACAUUGGGUAUCUCUACAAUGCUAUAUUUACAGAAGUUCAAGGCUGGAGAAUCGAGGACUCUCAAUUCAAGAAAGCUCCUAUCCAUCUUGUUCUGAGCCAGAAUCAAAGUUUACACAGAAGUAUUUGCUUGUCCAAGAAGCCUGAGACUUCCUCCAACGGAGAGGACUCGUCAGGGCCAACUCUAUCUUCUAGAGAGCCAGAAAAUAUCCCACCAACAAAUGAUGCACCUCCGCCCAAGCAGAAGUCAGCUUCGACUGAAACCACUCCGUUAGGUGACAACAGCCCCUUCAGUCAAGACGCAGCCUCUACUUCAGCAAGCUCCAUUUCGCCAUUGCCAGAAUACCCAAGGCUUCUUUUCAGCAUACGUCUCACUGAAGAUGUCAAGCCUGCUGAUCUCUCAUGCGAGCUAUUCUCAGAAUGGCUGCGUCAAGUUCCUGUAUCUGCCGAUGCUGUGAGAGUCGAAGCGGGCUUCGCCAGUGACUCCACAUUAUUGAUUGUAUCUAUUCCGGUUUCGAUGAUGGCAUAUUUACCAAAGGAUUCAGCCAUCACUCUACUUGGGACUUCUAGGUCUGCGAACCUCAUGGCGAUGUGCACAGUCAACAUAUCUUCAAUUUCAGCACCAUCAAGAAGACAGAGGAGCUUUAAUUAUGUGCCUUAUGAGAAAGAUUACGAAGAAGAUAUCCGAAAAUUGCGGACAAGUCUAGCAAGAUCACCAGCAACAUCCAUGGGAUCGAAGAUGGUAUAUCCGUCCGAAACUCGUCGCUCAUCCGGCAGACGAAAUUCAGAACUAAAAGAAGGCAAGAGACAAGGUGCAAAUCCACCAAAGGAUAUUGUUCAGAAAACUAGACCGAGCCUUCGCAGAUCUCCUGCAAUAGCAGGUUCUGUUGCAGACAAAUUCAGAGCAACAUCGUCAAGAACAUCUAGAAAAACCCCCCACUCAUUUACGUCCCCGAAUGAUCAGAAACCGGCAGUUUUUAGUGCUAAUUUUCGCUCCGGCUCUGAAAAUGAAGAUACCGAGGAAGAUAUUUUUCCAGACUCAGAUGGAGAAUCCCAUGACUCGGCUCGCGAACCGAAAAAAGAUAGCGGCAUCUAUAUGGGGAUAUCGGAUUUCGAUUUUGAGGCAGCGGUCGAGGCAGAGCGCAUGUCUGACUUCAAGAGGCAAAUGCAGUAGUAUGACAAAGCAUUGAAGAGAUACUAUCGUGAAUUUGGUUCAAAAGUAAACAGGUCGGAAAUCUGGGGGAAGAAAAAUGGCUGUGUGGGACUGUGAAAAAUGAAUUGAGGGUGCAGUUUGAUAC